AAUUAAUCAAAUGAAUUCAAGUGUUAGAUAGCCAUUAUCAUUACAUAAUUCAAUAGAUAAGAGAGAAAAUAGACCAGAAACAAAGUAGGAUACAAAAUCAUACUCAUUUAUAAAACCAAAUAUAUCUAAUCCUUAAAUAUUGUAAACUUAAUUACCUCCUUAAUCUCCAAUGGCGAUUACUUAAUAGGUUUCUAAAUAAUAAUAGAAGCCUAAUUGUUCAAUUUAAGAUUUGGAGACAUUUAUUAAGGAAAUAGAUAGAUUGCAAUUAGAGAAUUAAAAAUUGAAAGAAAAGUCUUAAGAAUCAAAAGUAAUAGUAUAAUAAGAUCCAAAAUUACAAGUAGAGAAUUAGGAACUUAAAGUAAAUAGUUAGAAUGAAAUUUUAGGAUUAAUUAGAUUUUCAUAAACAUAAAUGUGAAUUAUAAGAAAAGAGUCAUAAUGAUGCAGUAAGAUAGAUAGAUUUAAGUUGGAAAUAAGAUAUAGCUAAUUUAAAGUAUUAGAUGGAGUAAUAGGAAUAAAAACAUAGAUAAGCUUUAAGAUAAGAAUAAUAAUAAGCAAAAUAGGAAAUUGCAAGACUUUAAUAGAAUUUAUCAUAGAUUUCAAGUUCAGAUAAUAAGAACUAAAGUCUUGUUUAAUCUUUGGUAAGAAUAUAUAUUAAAUUUAGGAAACUCAAUUAAUAAAUUUGAAGAAGAAUAAUAAUGUUUUGGAAGAGAAAUUAUCAUAUGCUAUAUAAUAAUUUGAUUGUCAAUCAAAGGAUUAGGAAUUUACAUUAUUAAAAUAAUAGGCUGUGAUUGGUUCUUAGGAAUAACAUGUUAUGGAAUUGAAGAGUAAAUUAACUUAAUCUAGAGAAUAAAAUUAAUAAAUUAAUUAAUAGCUUAAUAAAUAUAAGGAUGUUGCAGAUUCUAAGACAUUAAGUGAGAAUAUUUUAUAAAAUAAAUUGAAGUUAAUUGAAAGUGAUUUUGAACACUUAUCAUAAACUUAUAAUGAACAUAGAGAUUCAUUAUAAUAAAAGAUAAGUGAAUUGACUUCUAUGUAUGGAAAAUCGUAAGAAUAGAUUAAUCUUUUAUAAUAAUAAUAAAUUAAGGAAUAGAAUUAAAUUAAGAAAUUAUAAACAUCAUUAGAAAAUUAAGAAAAGAAUCAUUAAAUUGAAAUAAAUGAUAUUCAUAAACAAAAAUAAAUGUUGAUUCAAUUUUUAGAGUAAGAAUUGCUAGGUUAUAAAGAAUAGAAUCAAUAAUUAAAAUUAAUGAAUUAAAAAUUAGAGACUUCUUAUAAAGAGAAUUAAUAAUCUUAUUAGUAAAAUUUUAGAGAAUUGGAAUGCAAAACUAAUAUGUUAGGAGAUGAAUGUACUAGACUUAAUAAUAUAAUUAAAUAAAAAGAUGAAUAACUUUAUAGACUUUAAGUAUAAUUAAAAGAUUUGUAAAAUUUAAAUGGAAAAAAUUAAUCUUAAGAAUAGAUUUUAGAAACUUUAUAGAUAAAGGAAGGAGAGAUUAAUAUUUUAAAACAAUAGAAUGAUAGUUUAAUAAGUGAUUUAUCAAGAUAAGCUGAGAAUUAUAGAAAUUUAAUAUAAUAGCAUAAAUAAUUAUAAAAAUAUUCAGAAGAAGUAAAGAUUAAUAGUAUUACAAUAAAUGAAUUUUAAAGUAAAUGUGAAUUAUAAGAUAAGGAGAUAGAAAGAUUACGUUAGAAAGUGUUAGAGAAAUCUUAAUAAUUGGAAAAAGUAUAAAAAGAAAAUUUGGAAUACUAAGCUAAAUUAAAAUCAAAGUUAAGAUGA